AUGGCUUCAUCGCUCUCAACUCUGGUACUCUCUGCCGUGCUCGUCUCGGCUCAAUCCUCCGUCUUCGAUUUCCCGGAGUACCCGCCUCCAGGAGCAUUCGAUCCAAAUGAGACCUUGGCAAGCGCUGUCGGUACUCUGCCUUAUGGCAUCGGCGUAGCCGACCAGUCUCUCGCAUCGACUCCUGUUCACUACGACACUGGCUUCUUUGGCCCUCAGAUUGAACUAGUACAUGCGUACUACAAUUACUGGCCAACGGGUGUCGGUGUAGGCAGUGAUGGCAUGGUGUUCACUUGUUACCCUCGCGGAAACGAAACUUACACUCUUGGCUUGAUCACUGGGCCGACGACUGAGGAGGCAUGGCCGGACGAGGAAUGGAACACGCCUCCAGCAUUCGAGAACGUCACGAACCCAGGCUACAGCAUUGCUUCUGAAAAGCUCAUUUUCGUGCAGUCGGUGGUUGUCGAUGGAUUGGACCGAGUCUGGGCGCUCGACACCGGACGUCCGCGCGUGAACGGUACCUAUCUCUACGCGCAAGCACCCGGUGGUCCCAAGCUAGUUGGAUUCUACAUGAACGGGACGAGCUUCGCAAUGUACUAUUUCCCCAGCACUGUUGUGUACGCUGACUCCUCGAUCAACGACGUGAGGUUCGACCUCAGGGGAGGGGGGUAUGCCUACAUCACGGACAGUUCGCCAUAUCACCCUGCGUUGGUUGUUGUCGACCUGGCUACUGGAGAAUCUUGGAGGCACCUCGAAGGGCAUGCUGCUGUCAGCCCUGAUCCAGCCUUCGUGCCUGUCUACAACGGAGUCCCUUUCUACUAUCACACACUACUUGCCCCUAACGCUAUCCAGUUUAUGACCGCUUUCGCCGCUGAUGGGAUUGCACUCUCAGCUGACGGCGAGUACGUCUACGUUACGCCACUGACAAGCCGCCAUCUCUACCGCGUCCCGACAUCCUAUCUCAAGCAGCAGCCGUCGUCCAGCAACCCGUACGCCGCCAUCCUGGCAAAGGAGGCUGUGCAGACCGUGGCUGAAUCUGGAGGCCACGCUGACGGUCUUGAAACGGACGCUUCUGGGUACAUCUACAUCGGUUCUCAGGAACAUAAUGCCAUCCAUCGCUAUAACGCGACGAUCGGUAUCGUAGAGCCUUUUAUCCGUAAUCCGGCGAUUCAGUGGGCCGAUACAUUCUCGGUUGUUACGCUCGCAGAGGGGAACUAUCUCUACUUCACUGUGAACCAACUCUGGCUCGCGCCUGACUAUCAAAACGGCACUGACCUGCGCACAAAGCCGUAUGCGAUGUAUCGUGUGCCGCUUGAGACCGGCCGUGCAAACCAGACUGAAGCUGCUUGAUCGCCGCGGCUGUGGUCGCUGUCAUGGCGUGGGUGAACAAUGGAUACUUUGCGAUGUGUUGAAACGGACAUACGGGCUUUGUGAUGAUACUUACGUUCGUCAAUGAAUGUAGCAGUGCAUGUCGUUGGACACAAUGGCC